AUGGCCGCUGUGAUUGACGUACAGUUCGAACACUAUCGUGUGCCAAAUACCUUGGGUGUACACGAAACAAGUCCCCGUCUCAGUUGGAAGAUUCAACACGGUGAUGCCGCUUUCAAACAGACAGGGUUCGAAGCGGAAUUGACCGUAUAUAGCCCGGACUCGCAAGUUCUGAGAUCUCCAACCGUCAAAUGCCGCUCGCCAUGCUCUCAUCUGCUGCCAUGGCCAUUUGACGAGCUUUUACAGUCACGGCAGCUAAUCUCUGUCCGCGUUCGGGUCUGGGAUGAUACUGGAUAUCAAAGCCCCUGGAGCGAAGCGGCUGAACUCGAGACUGGGCUUCUCGAGCGCUCCAACUGGGUAUGCGAGCGCAUCGCCGCUCCCUGGGCUUCAAGCAGAAGGGACCCCGCCCCUGAACAGCUGUUUCGCAAGCAGUUCAGACUCGAAAAUUCCACAGCUCGUGGAUCCCUUGCCAAGGCUCGCCUUUACAUUACAGCACAGGGAGUCUAUGAAGCGGAGAUCAACGGUACUCGUGUCGGUGACUAUUUUCUCGCUCCGGGUUGGACAUCAUAUGCCGGGAGGAUCCAGUACCAGACAUAUGACGUUACCUCUCUUCUGAACCAUGGCGGAGACAACUGCAUUGGCGUGCGUGUGGCCGAAGGAUGGUUUUCUGGCCGGAUUGGAUUCAGAGGCGGUCACCGUCAUAUCUGGGGCCUGAAUACUGCGCUCGUAGCUCAGCUGGAGGUCACCUAUGGCGAUGGUUCAGUCACGGUUGUACCGACGGAUGACUCCUGGGAGGUCAUCGAGGGUCCCAUCAGACUCGCCGAGAUAUACGACGGCGAAAAGUAUGAUGCCACCCUAGAGGUACCGUUCUGGUCAUCACCUUCACAGAAGUAUCGAACAGGCGCCGGGUGGGAGAAAGCGGUCCGGCUUCUUGCUCUCCCAGCAUCCACCCAACUUGUGGCCGGCUUCGGUGAGCCGGUUCGUCGAACAGAGACUAUGAAGCCAGUCAAGAAAAUGAUCACUCAAAGCGGCAAGACUGUCCUCGACUUUGGUCAGAAUCUUGUGGGAUAUCUGCGCGUGAAAGAUAUCAGAGGCCCUCGGGGUCACACAAUUACAUUGCGACACGCCGAAGUCCUGGAGAAUGGGGAGCUCGGGACUCGGCCGCUCCGAUUCUGCCAAGCUCUCGACAAAUACACCCUCAAAGGAUCCAACCACGGCAGGCCAGAAGAGUAUGAACCAAGAUUCACCUUUCACGGGUUCAGGUACGCCCAGAUUGAAGGAUGGAUUGGCAACCUGGAUUUGGCCUCGAACUCGAUCGAGGCUGUGGUCUGCCGGACGGACAUGAUGCCGGUCGGGCAGUUCUCCUCUUCAAGCGCCCUGCUUAACCAGUUGUACAGCAAUGUGGUCUGGGGCAUGAAGGGCAACUUCCUUUCAGUGCCGACAGACUGUCCACAGAGAGAUGAGAGGCUGGGCUGGACUGGCGAUCUCGCCUUGUUCGCCCCAACGGCCUGUCUGAUCUAUGAUUGCUUUGGCAUGGUUAGGAAUUGGUUGAUUGAUGUCGAGUUUGAUCAACAGGUCUUGGGCGGGGUGCCCCCGAUGGUCAGCCCGAAUUCGACCCUGCCGGACCCAGUCUGGUGUAGACGAAUUCCUUGCGCCAUCUGGCACGAUGUGACUAUCCUAGCACCGUGGGCACUUUACCAGGAAACUGGGGAUACGGCCAUCCUGUCUCAACAGUAUAACAGCAUGGCAACUUGGAUAAAGGUCCUGCCGAGGCAAAAGUCCGGCCUGGUUCACUUAUGGGACCCUGAACCGUUCCAGCUAGGAGACUGGCUUGACCCCUCGGCGCCGCCGGAUCAGCCAUGGAAAAGCACAACCGAUUCCAAGAUGGUGUCCAACAUGUUUCUCGUCCAGAGCCUCGAUCUGAUGGCGAGAAUCUCUAGCCUGCUCGGGAAACAGUCUGAGGCGGAGCUUUAUGAAGCCGACUGCCAAGCCACACGAGCCGAUUUCCAGGCCGAGUUUGUAACAGCAACUGGGCGCCUUGUGUCAGACUCUCAAGCGGCCUACGCUUUAGCUAUCUGUCUUGACUUACUCACGCCGUCUCAACGAGUUAGAGCCGGGGCCCGGCUGGUGGAGCUAGUGCGGAAGAAUGAGUUCAAAAUCAGCACAGGUUUUGCUGGCACACCGUUCAUCUGCGAGGCCUUGGCAGCCACAGGUCAUGUGCAAGUGGCAUAUGCAAUGCUUCUCGAGACAAAGUGCCCCUCGUGGCUAUACCCCGUUACUAUGGGCGCAACUACCGUCUGGGAGAGGUGGGACAGCAUGCUUCCAGAUGGCUCCAUUAACCCUGGAGAUAUGACAUCUUUCAACCAUUAUGCCUUUGGUGCAAUUGCCAAGUUCAUGUAUGAGAGGGUGGCAGGUCUGCAGCGGCUUGAGCCCGGGUGGACAAAGUGCCGGAUUGCGCCGUCGGUCGGGGCCCAGUUCUCGAGUGCUUCUGCCACACAUGUUUCUCGGCAGGGAACCAUCUCAUUUUCGUGGGAGACCAAGAAACUGGAUCAUGGUCAGGAGCAGAUAUGCUUGCAGGCUACAAUACCGUACGGCACGCGUGCUCAGAUCUCCCUUCCAAAGGACAAAGGGGAGGUGACGCACGAAGUAGGCCCCGGCAAGUGGUCCUUUCAGUCAUCGUUUACGAGGGACUACGAGUGGCCAGUUCUUCCGUUGAAACCUAAGUCAUGA